CGGAAGUAGCUCGGUUGCUACUUACGCCGUCUAAACAUGUCAAGAUGUUUAUUUUUUGUAGACAUACUUUUAAAAAACAAAAUUGUGCUUGAUUAUAACUGUAAACACUUCUCUUCUUCAUUUUAAUUUUUAAAACUGCUGUAAUUGCCUCUAUCACGUUUUUACAUUAAUACUUUGAUAGUUUUUACCACGGAUGUAAAAAAUGUCUAGUCAAAGACGGCUGAGUAGACCAUCUACUGCUACAUCUGUUUCAAGUCGAACUUCUGCAGAUAAUGAGCUCAAACUUGAAUGCAGGGCAGCCUUUUUGGCCCACUAUGAUACUAUUAAUGAAAAGGUUGAGUCCAAAGAUGACUUAAUGCUCCUUUUGCAGCAGACAGGGAGAAACCCUUCAAGGAAAAUAAUUUCUAAGUACUGGACUCCAAAAACAGACUACAUAACAUUUGAGGAUUUUGUUGACAUAUGUAAAAGAGAACCUGUUACCUCAGAGGAAGAUCUCAUAAAAGCUUUUAGAAAGAUUGACCUAAAUGGUGAUGGCUUCAUUUCAUUAGAUGAGCUUUUGAAAGUUCUCACCACAAGAGGAGAGAAAAUGACUAGACCUGAAGUGAAAGCCUUAAUUGAUGAGGUGGAUGAAAACAAAGAUGGGAAACUAAAUUACAAAGAGAAGGAAGUCUUUGAUUACAACAAGUUCACACAUUUGAUGAUGACGACAACAGAGGAUUAUAAGAAGAUGGCAAUCAAGGCUUUGGAAAAGAAAGAAAGACAGAAAUUAAAAAGCAGGGAUGGGGAGAUUACUCCACGCAAAGAUAGUGACCAGCAGUCUAUGGGAUCUCAACUUUCAAUAAACUCCACUGAAUCUGACAGGAGGCGUAAGAUAAAGAAAUCUAAGCAUGAUCAAAGUCCAGAUCUUAAAUCAGAACGUAGCAUGUCCAAUUUCUCAAUGUUGAGCCGAAAUUCCAAUGAGUCUAGUCCUGACCAAAGUCCUGAGCCUAAGUCAGAACGUAGAAUGUCUAAUCUCUCAGUACGGGGACAAAAAUCAAAUGCUACAUCACUAGACAGAAGAGCAUCAAAACAAUCCAUCUCAGGCAGUUUAAUGGAUGAUGAGUUUUCAAGACCUUCACCUCGUGUUCCUCGUGAAACCAGACCAAAAUCUUCUAGCAAAGGGGGUCGGCAGUCUGAACCAAGCAAUCUUCGUGAGUGGUCAUGUGUGCAAUCAAAGGGAACAUUCUUCUUAGAGAACACAAUAAUCAGCCACACCUACAAACUCAUUAUAACAGAGGCCACUGAUGCAUGGAUGACAAUUCAACCUCUCAGGAUAGGAGAGUCAGGGGAAUCACUGGAUGGCACAGUUGUAGACACAGCAUUGUUUGUGUUAAAUGAAAAUGGAACUUCCCUGAUAGCUUACACUGAAAGUAAAGACUCAAAAGGAAAGUACAGUCUGCGCUGUAAUCUAUCCAAGGGAAACUACCUUCUAAUUCCCUUCAGCACAGGCUGUAGACUAAAACCUGGCAAAAAUUUACCAACCAAAGAGGCUAAGCUUAUCACUAAAGAUAAGGAGGACAGAAUUAUUCUAACACCUGCAUUCAGAAAAGCUUUGAAAGACAUCUUUGAAAUGGCUGAUCUAGAUGGCAAUGGUUUACUAAGCAGGAAUGAGUUCAACUGGUACAACUUGAGAACCAGUGGAGAAGAAAUCGCUGAUGAUGAGUGGCAAGUGGUUGAAGACAACAUUGAAUUAGACAAAGGGCAGAUUACUCCAAGUGGCUUCAUUAAGUUGAAUGAAAUGGAAGCAGAUGACAAUGAAGGUGAUACUGAAGAUCUCUGGAUUACUUUGACUGCCAUGGGAUUCAAUAAGUCUCUUCUUUUAGAUGAGAGUUGUCCAUUCCUCCUUAAAGUCUACACACAAGAUUGUGACACUCCUAAGCUGAAAGUUAUUGGCCUCGAGUCUAAUAAGGAGAAGAUUGACAAGGCUGUAUGUGAAUUGGCUAUUACCAAGGGUGAACCUGUGAAAGUUAAGGGCUUGAAGGAUGUGACAGUGCACCAGUACACCAAUGACCACAGAGCCAUGAUUGUGGUUGACAACAAGUCACGAAACAAAUUAAAAAUAGCUUUAGACUGCAGUAAAAGUCGUGGAGUGGUCAGCCAUACUGGAUCCCUGAUGACAACUGUCAAUGUACCAUCACAGUCUGCAGUGGUUGGUCAUCAUCUGCUACCUCUCUAUGAUGCAGGAGAGUUCAGUGUUGUAUGUGAGGAGAGUGUUCUCAAGUAGAGCUGUUUGUUUACGUCAUUUAUUGCUACAUGUUGUAGUUGUCCUUCUAUUAUAAAUGCUGCCAUUCCCAGCCUUUUCCAAACACUGUGUAAAGACUGUCAGCUAAGACUGCUAAGUUUAUUUAUUUUAAGAUAUACAUAAUUGCUUACAUGGGUUUGAAACUUUAAAUUAAUUUAUUGAUUUACGACACUGACUGGUGGAAAUAAAAAACAUGACACUAACACAGACACAGACCUAGACAAACAGGCCAAAACACAAAUCAACAAAGACCACAAAUAAACUAAAACACAAAAAAACCUAGACCAAAGUAAACCAAGACACCAAUAAAAUUAGACCACAAAUAAACCAAGACAAAUAGACCAAAUCUCAACUCAAGAGAAAAAGCCAAAAGCAAAAACGUGUAACUAACACAGCUGUAUCAUGUUAGUAAUGAUGUUAGCUUCUACUUAUGUAAUUUACAAAUUUAUCAUUAAUCUGUGAUACUUCAUGUGAUUUUAUAUUUUGUUUUAUACUAUGUCAAUGUACUUUUUAAAAAAUAAAUAAAACCUCAAAAUUAUAAUGACCUGAUACUACCAAAUAAUUUAGCACCCAGCCCACAAUUUAUGCAACUUUCAUUUCUUACAUAAUCUACAUCUAGGAGAUAGCUUUGAUUAUUAAUAUGCCAGAUUUUUGUGAGAAAUUUGGGUUGAAAUCAAUUUUAGAGAAUUUUUUAAACUGUCUCAUAUAUGUAUUAGUUUUGCUGUAAUUUUUUUGAAAUUUUAUCUAAUUUAAUUUAAAAUGUAUUUUAAAAUUUCGAGAUUAAUAGCUCACUGUGAUGUAAUAUUCAGAUGUUGUACCACUCAUCCUCAUCAUACUGUUUUGGUUUCUUGUAAACUUCCUUUGCACUUGCAUCUGACAUUAAACACCCGCCUAUA